UUAGUAUUUGGAAUGUUUUUUCUAAAGCUUGUUGAAAAACUGUAAAGUUUACAGAACCUUCAGAAUGCUUUUCAGAUAAUAAGCAACUUGCUUCAUCUGGUAUCUCUGUUAUUUCUUUUGUUUUGAUUGUUUUUUAACGCAGAAAAGCUUCACUGGCCCAAGCAAGAACUUGCUAAAACGUCUAUUCUAAAUGCUGAAGAUUCAUUGGUCAUUCACAGCAAAAGAAGCAUCCCGCAUUUAUCCCCUGGAGUGCUAAAGGACAUUUUCACAACUGGAACCAGUAGCUACAAUGUCUUCCUGCAGAGUAAAGAAGAGAAAAAGCAUCAGUCCCAAAAACAGUCUUCCUGUACCUACUACAAACGAUACAGAAAACCCAUCAAAUCUCCUAGCUCUUCUCGUAAAAAAGAUCUUCGCAAGAUGAAAGUCCCAGUGCCUGAGAUGAGCAGUGGUAGCUGGUACUGCCUAGAGAGGCGGCCUGCUGUUUUUGUCACGAGUUCAGUGUCAAGUCCUGUAAAGUUCACCUAUGAUAUCUCUGUUGCAGGGAACAGCAUAGUGCUGCCACCUAAGCCCAGAAACAAGGUCAAACGGCGUCAUUUCUCCACUCUUCCAAAGCCAAAGCAGCAGCCUCAGCUGUCUAGAAGUUUUGAAAAAGAUGACGUUUCUGGAAAGAAAUUUUGUAUAUUGACUGCUAUAAAGCCCACCAACUUGGAGAAAGAAAAAUUCAGGUUCUUCAAGUCUGACUAUACCUACAAUCCUCAGUUUGAAUAUGCUAAUCCUGCUCUGCCAAGUGUGUUAGCCAAGCACAGCCAAGCUUCUGACCGAUUCCUUAAGCAGUCCAUCAAUAUUAUGGAACUGACUUUACAGAAAUACGGAAGUUAUGAGAAAUUUGAACAGGCCACUGGUGGUAGUCUGCUAUCCAAAACUCGAAUCUGGAGUCAUGUUAGGAAGUACAUGAUGAAAGAAGGCUGCCUGGGUGAGAUUGUAGUUCAUCUCACUGAGGACUUGCUGUCCCGAGCUUCAAUGACAGUAGUAAAUGGGUGUCCAACCCUGACCAUCAAUGUUUCCACUGCACGUGAGCACUGGCUGGAGGGAAUGCUGAGGCAUGAAAUAGGCACACAUUAUUUUCGAGGUAUUAACAACCUCCAGCAGCCAUGGAACAGUUGGACUGGCCGUAAAAAACAUGAGCUGAAACCAAACAACCCCACGGAGGAAGGACUGGCAAGUAUUCACAGUGUCCUGUUUAGAAAAGACCCCUUUUUAUGGAGAGCUGCCCUCCUCUACUAUACUGUCUAUCAAGCCAGCCAAAUGUCUUUUUGCGAACUCUUCAGAGAUAUUGGGAAGUUUGUGAAGGACCCCAAUACAAGAUGGGAUUAUUGCGUACGAGCCAAGAGGGGUUGGACUGAUACUUCCCAACCAGGGUGUUUCAGUAAAGACCAGGUAUACUUGGACGGAAUCCUUCAAAUCCUGCGAUACAGAGAGACCAUCGACUUUCAUCUGCUGACCGCCCUGGGAAAGGUUUCUUAUGAAGAUGUAGAUCGCUUAAAAGGACUGGCAGUUACUGAAAACAUGAGGGUCCCUCACUUCCUGCAGGACCAUGGCCGAUACAUGGAACACUUAGAGAAGAUCAUGGAAGUUAAUGAACUGACCGACAGGGAACUGCGAGAUCUUAUAUAUUAGUUUGCAUUAUUGCGCACAUAGCUAAGCUACGCCUGUAUGUAUAUUACCAGUUAGGUGCAGUUAGCACCAGCAGAUUUAUAAAAGAAGAAUGAUAGUUUACUUGAGUUUUUUGAAGAAUGGCCUGCAGUAUUCAGCUGAAUUUGUAGGCUUUUAGUACAAGCCUUAAAUUAUUUCCCUAAAAUGUUUCUGUGGGCUGCAGGGGAAUGUUACUCCUAUUUUCUUCUGAAUCCUAAGAGUCAGAAGAAAAUCCUGCUGAUGAGUGUUUUGAAGACUCUUGGUUGAACUGAGCGAUAAACAUCUCUUUGAGCACCAAGAC